GUGCUAGAGUAUUGGUAGUUUUAGUGGCCUCAACUAAAAAUCAAUUGAUAUUUUUAGUACUGUUGACUUCAGCUGACAGCUGAGUUUGAUCUAAAAACAGUGUUUUUCUCCUUCUUCUGCUUCAAGACUUUACAGAGACAAUUACAGCAACUGGAGAAUGGAUGAAAUGGAAGAGAUAGAGAUUGUCAUAGUUGGUGGUGGCAUUUGUGGUCUUGCUACUGCUCUUGCUCUUCAUAGGAAGGGUAUCAAAAGUGUAGUAUUGGAAAAAUCAGAGACACUGCGUGCAACAGGAGCAGGUAUCACUAUUAGGGCAAAUGGUUGGUGUGCUCUUCAUCAACUUGGUGUUGCCUCAAACCUCAGACUAACUUCCCUCACUGUGCAAGGGGGGAAAAAUAUUAGUGUUGCUAGUGGAAAGCAACAAGAAAGACCAUUUGAGAAGGGGGAAAUUCGAUGCUUGAGGCGAAGUGAGCUUAUUAAAGGCCUAGCAGAAAACUUGCCUCCUGGCACAAUACACCUUGGAUGCCAAGUACUCUCCAUUACACUAGACCCACUUUCUUCCCAUUCAAUUAUUCAACUCCAAAAUGGAUGUACCAUCAAGGCUACGGUUUUGAUUGGAUGUGAUGGAGCCAACUCAGUUGUUGCAGGUUUUCUUGGGCUAAAACCAGUGAAAUUUUUAUCAUUAUCACAGGUUAGAGGUUUCACUAAAUAUCCAAGUGGUCAUGAUUUCAAAAAUGAAAUUGUCCAAGUCAUAGGAGGCCGUAGUAAGAUUGGGAGGAUCCCAAUUGACAAUAAGUUGGUCUAUUGGUUUGCAACUCUCAAAAUGAAUCCAAAAGAUGUGGUUGCGAAGGAUCCAGAGCUCCUUCAACAAAUGACUCUUGAAUCAAUUAAAGGCUUCCCUACAAAAAUGUUAGACAUGGUAAAACACAGUGACCGAGACUCUCUCUCUAUCUCACGCAUGAAAUAUCAAGCACCAUGGGACAUACUACUAGGAAGUUUUAGAAAAGGAACAGUGACAGUGGCUGGAGAUGCCAUGCAUGUCAUGGGUCCGUUCUUGGGACAGGGUGGCUCAGUAGCUUUAGAAGACGCAAUCAUCUUAGCAAGGUGCUUGGCACAAAAGAGGCAUGAAAUUGAUAUUAAGACCAAUGGAAACCAGGUGAUAGCGUACAAAGUUGGAGAAGCAUUGGAUCAAUAUGUGAAAGAACGGAGGAUGAGAUUGGUGCGGUUGUCAACACAAACUUAUCUCACUGGUAUACUAAUAAAAAAUCCACCAUUGCUAGUGAGAUUUGUAUGUAACAUCCUAAUGAAGGUUCUCUUCAGUGACUCCGCUGCUCAUUCUCAAUAUGACUGUGGCUGCCUCUAAGAUAUGGCGUUUUAAGUUGAAUUGUAGAAUCUAUAGGGAAUUUUAACUUUGUUUAAUUAGGAUAAAAAAAAUUGCUGUUUAAAACAGAUACUUGUUGGGUGUGAACCCUUGUGCAGUGGUCUCAAUAAUGCUUAAAAAUAAUUUUAUUCCCAUUGUUUUAUAAAUUUUAUUCUGUUCA